AUUUGAUUUCUCAUCUUCAAUCUUUGUUUUUGAAUUUGAUGUUGCUGUUGUUGGAUUUGGUUUCUUGAUCACUUUGAAGGAUUCAUUAAGUUCUUAAUUUGAUUGGUAAUUGUUCAGCUGCUUGGUUUCUAGUCAAAUUUGUCACCUUUGGGAAGAAUCAUGAGUUCAAAUGGGUACAUUGUGGAAGUCACGAACCUCUCUCCAAAUGCAACUGAGAGAGAUGUUUAUGAUUUCUUUUCGUUUUCUGGUGCUAUUGAGCACAUUGAAAUCAUCAGAUCUGGAGAUUAUGCUUCGACUGCAUAUGUAACGUUUAAAGAACCGCACUCCUUGGAAACUGCUGUCCUGCUCAGUGGAGCUACUAUUGUUGAUCAGCGUGUAUGCAUAACAAACUGGGGACAGACUGAAGAUGCUUCUGGCAUUUGGGAUCGACCUUCAUGGAGGAUUGAAGAUGAUUAUGAAUCAAUGUCCUCCGAAGCAAACAGUUUCAGGACAACUCCACGAGAAGCAGUGACGAUGACGCAGGAGGUGGUCAAAACCAUGCUAUCCAAAGGCUACGUUCUCAGUGUUGAUGCAUUGAGCAAGGCCAAGGCUUUUGAUGAGUCUCAUCAGGUCUCAGCAACUGCAGCAGCCAAGGUUGCUGAGCUGAGCAAGAGGAUUGGGCUGACAGAUAAGGUCUAUGCUGGCGUUAAUGCUGUUAGAAGUGUUGACGAAACGUACCACGUAUCGGAGACCACUAAGAUGGCAGUUUCUGCAACUGGAAAGGCAGCCUCUGCAGCAGCUGAGACAGUGAUGAACAGCAGCUAUUUUGCUGCAGGAGCUAUCUGGUUAUCCGAAGCUCUUAAUCGAGCUUCCAAGGCGACGGCCGAGUUGGCCAACCGUUCUUCCAAAAAGUAAAAUGUGAUUAAUUUUCAACUAGUACUAUACAUGAAACUUAACCUGAUCUGUAAAUUGUAAAAGAUCAAGUCUGCCAGACAGUUUUGUCCUAUGCUCUGCUUGUGUAGUGUUGUAAUCCUUGUUUGAAUGAAAUAAAACAGUGAACAUAAUUAUAUCAUUUUCUCUCA